AUGGCGACCCCGAUGGACAUAGACAAUAAAGGGUCUAAACGGUCUGGUGAAUCGUCCAAUGCGCCGUCUAAACAAAGGGUUCACUUUGGCAGCCUCGAAGAGGUUGAAAGGCAAAGUAGAAAGAAGGCUUCUGCCACCGAGGUAGCGAUCAAUGACGCGUUUCGUCUAGAAUUUCAAGCAAGUUUUUAUACGUUUGUUAGUAUUACCGCCACAAUUCGUCGAUUAGGCAAUGCUAAUACCACAGGUGAAGAAAUAAUGAAUUAUGAAUUAUCGGAAUCAUCGAAGAAGGCGCGCGAGGAACAUCAGGCGAUACUGGACGAGUUUGAGCGCAAGAAACGCGCGAGGACCCUCGCUGUGCCCACCGACGAUGGUCGCGUAAGGACGAAGUUAAGAGAGCUCGGUGAACCACAAUGCUUGUUUGGUGAAGGACCAGGUGAUCGUCGAGAUCGUCUUCGAUAUUUGUUAUCCAAGGCGGAAGGUACAGAUAUGGUGCCCGAUGAAGAUGAAGAGACUGAGAGUGAAUCGGAAGAAGAGUCUACUCUUUCCAUCGAUAGGAACGUGGUAAAUCUGGCGUCCGGAUCGACGGAUAAGUUAAUCCAUCUCUGGUCCUUGGAGAAUGACACGCCCAUAGGCUCAUUGAGGGGUCACACUUCAAGAGUCGCAAAAGUUGAUUUUCAUCCUUCCGGGAGAUUCCUUGGAUCAACGGGUUAUGACUACUCUUGGCGUCUGUGGGAUAUUGAGACGACCAAAGAACUUCUCUUACAAGAAGGACAUUCGAGAGAGGCCUAUGCCAUCCGAUUUCAAAACGAUGGUGCAUUGGUUGCCACAGGUUAUACGAUCGCUGCACAUAAAUCACUGGUAUCGGACGUGAGGUUCUUUCACGGUUCGGUGACAUUUGUCAGUGAGGAAUGGGACAAUGGAGUCAGGCCAACCAUAUCAGGAUUGUAUAUGGUAACAUGCGGGUAUGAUGGCUUUGUAAAUAUUUGGUCAUCGGAUGAUUGGAAUUUGCUUAAGAAAUUGGCGGGACACGACGGAUUUUUUGUCGAAAUGGAUCGAUCGGAAUUGCUUAAGCAGUUCAUGGGCAUAGUCUCCUGCGACGAACAACAAGCUAAUUUUUACCUGGAAGCCAACAACUGGAACUUGAAUUCAGCGUUGAGUAAUUUCAUUGAAGAGCCUAUGGGCGGUGUUGAACAGGAAACUGUGGACCCCGAAUCGUUUAAUGCGGAAGGCUCAUUUCGAGGGGAGCAAGAUUCUGCUUCUAAUGCCACCCCCGGAUCCUCCAGUAACAAUAAAAGGUUGCCUCGAGUUGCCACUUUACGCGACCUAGACAAGGAAGUGUCUGAGGAAGAGGAGGAAGAAGAACGCGAAAAUUUGUUUGCUGGUGGUGAAAAAUCGUCCGUGAUCAUUUAUAUUUUACUAAAGCUGGAACGUUUAAAAUCGAUAAUUGACAAGUUUUCGAAAUUGAAACUCAUCCAGUGGAAUCUUCACACAAAAUCCAAACGCAAAAUCCCCAAACGCAAUAAAGAAAAUAACCAGUCUAUUCCAUCACAAAGAGGUGGGCGUGGGCCGGCCGAAGAACCUGAAACCCCUACUGCGAUUCCACAAUCAUUCUUCACCGGCACUGGAUACAAGCUUGGUAGUGAAGAAGAACCAUCGGUUGAGAUCGCAAGUCCAACCGCUCCUACAACAGACGACGAGCCUCUCAGAGCAGUUGUGCGUCACUUAACAUUCUGGAGAAAUGGAUUUAGCAUUGAUGAUGGACAUCUAAUGUCUUAUGAUGAUCCUGAGAACGAACAAUUCUUGAAGGAAAUCAAUUUAGGACGUGCACCCUUGGCUUUACUAAACGUAAGACCCGGUCAACCUGUAGAUGUUCGCGUAGCUCGAAGAUUGGAUGAAGAUUAUAAGCCUCCACCGAAAAAGCCUACACAGCCAUUUUCGGGUUCGGGACAAAGGCUUGGCAGCACAUUACCUUCGUUAGUCUCGAGCAGUACACCUGGUGCAUAUCCUUCCACAUCAUCUUCAUCAAAUGCUGUUAGCACAUCGAUGCAGGGGGGAUCCGAAUUAGAAAUUGAUGAAUCAAUGCCAAUAACAUCAAUUCAAAUUCGGUUGGGUGAUGGAACAAGGUAG